AUGGCCAAUCCAGCAUCAGUCCCAGCCGGGUCGGUGGGUGUUUCGCUCAGCGGCGAGGACGAAACUCCCCAUCGGCAGAUUCGUGCCCUGUACGACGACGAUACCAUCACCGUCUACCAGGCCUACAACCACUCCAUCGCCGACGCGGCCGUCGAGCAGCAGAAGCUCAACGCCUCUCCCCACUUUCGUCCCGGCCGCAUGACGUGGAUCAAACCCAGCUGGGCUUGGAUGAUGUACCGCGCCGGCUACUCCUUCAAAGACGCCGGCCAGUCGCGCAUCCUCGCACUCCGAAUGAAGCAUGACGAGUUUUUCGGCCUCCUGCGCCGGAGCAUCUUGGCAAAUCAUUGCAUCGCCAAGCAGGUCGAUGGCGCCAGAGACAAGGCUGCCGUCGUCAGGGUUCAGUGGGAUCCAGAACGUACGGUCAAGCUAGAUGUGCUUCCCUACCGGUCCAUCCAGAUUGGAAUUCCCGGAAGCCUGAGCGGCCACUGGGCCGAUGAAUGCAUCGUCUCCAUCGAGGACGUUACGGACCAGGCACGAGAGUUGAAGAAGACGAUCGACGAAAGGCCCGACAUCACAACCGACGAGCUCAUUCAGCUGGGAUUGGUGCCAAGGGAGAGACCAUUUCCCCUCGAGAACGAACGUCGUCGAUGUAUCAAGGGCUGCUCCAGCGUAGGCGUCGGUGCAAACCCUUUACGGCACCUUGCGGUCGUACCCAACCGCGUCUUGCCCCUGCAAAACGGCCAUCCCCAAGGAGGGGCCGACAUCGAUCUGGGCGGCAUUGACGAUGCAGAGCCCGGCGUCGCCAUUCUCCAGUUUCUGGUCCCCAUCAUUCAGACACCUCCGAUUCUCGGCCGGUCAAUGAAGUUGGGCCCAGCCUUGGUCGACUUCAGCGAGCUGCUCUGA